UUUGCACUGCAGAUUUGAUUCAUUGAUAUCAGUGUGUCUGUAUGCGACAGCGUUGCCCCAGACAUCACACUCUGACACUCAUCUGGUCUGUCAUCCAGAUUUGUUGGGUAACUCCCGGGCCAGUAAAAUUGGGUCAGUAAACAACACGCAUGCCCCAACACUCUCUCCAGUGUUUAAUUUGCUCUCAUCGUGCAUCUGCACACCGUAUCGCUUACUACGGCCUCCGACUGUCUCUUUCUGUUCUCCUCCCCCCCCUUGCUUCUAGUUAAUUCUCUCCUCCCCCUGGCACACGCUGAAACUCUGAGCUAGCAGAGUUAGUCUAGGGAACUGUGAAUCCGCUGAGCAGCAACGCUUUAAUGUUGGCGUCUGAAGCUGCUCUGCGGUAGCCAGCCAGUCAAGCGGCCCCCACACGCACUGCAGCAUAAAUCAAGCCAGCUCACUUUUGUGGAGAGGUGACCUCUGUGGACUGCAGCACAGAGAAAAGUGGGUUAAAAAACACAGCAGGAUCGCUACGCCUAUGCGAGAGGACGGGGAAGAGACUAUGUUUAUUUGGCUGCUUCUCAGUAGUUAAAUUGUUUCUUCACAAGACAAAUGUGCCGUUGUGUCAUCAUCAGUUUACGGAUACAACAUGCCUUAUUUCACAGACAUUUCACCAAGCCUGAUAAAAGAAAAAAUAGACUCUUAUUUUGAAGGGAUUGUUCUGGUUAUUUAAGUUAUCCACUUUUUUAUACCUAAUAAUAUUGAACACAUUUUCCUCAAACGCUUUUUUGAUACUUUUAGCACAGAACGGUUGUUUUGCGCCACCUGGUGGAAAAAGAAACAAACUGACGUAAAUGAAAUGAAUGACUGUUUAAUGUCAAUGAAAAACUUAUUGUUAAGGCAAAAAUGUAAAAAUAUGACGCUAUGCGUGGGAUAUUAAAAUAUGUAUAUUUUUAUGUAAAACGUAAAUGUUUUUCCGAAUAGGCAUAGAAAAUAUUUAAAUAUCGUGAUUAAUGUCACAACGAAACCGGAAGUAACCUCAGAUGCGUGCUUCAAUAUCAUUGGUUGGAAACAAAAGACGCUUCAUGGGACUCAUUUUCUGUGGCCAUAAAGUUUAGAGAUGUCUUUAAGUUCCGUGCAGUCCACGUUGUCCAAUCUUAAAUCAUGCCAAGGAGAUAUUGAUGCGUAUAUGGAUGUGGUAUCAGACGUUGCACUGGGAAUAGUCGAAGCAGAAGGUACAACCGACAGCCCUGCUCUGAAGAAACUGGAGAAGAUGAUGCUGCAAUGUUCAGAGUUGGACAGAGAAAUAAAUUGUUUUGUGGGAUCGGUAGAAGAGAUGACUGCUCAGGUCAGGCAUCAACCACCAGAUGCCAUGUUUAAUCUGAGAGCUUCUGUAAAGGACAGGUUCUCUCAGGUUAUGGCUGGAGUUUCGGAUGCAGACCUCCAAAGGCACACCAAAGUGAUAGCCUUUAAAGAGAGUAUCAGGAAAUAUGCAAUGCAAGCUAGUCAGGCAGCAACUGAGAAUGAAGAGGAGGAGCUGGAUGAUGACAUUGCUUUUACACAAAGCCAGACUAAUUUCAUCUGCCCUCUCACUAAGGUUGAGAUGGUCAAUCCAGUGAAAAAUAAGAAAUGCCAGCAUUACUUUGACCAAGAGGCUAUACUUGAAAUGAUAAGGGCAAGGCACAGAAAUAAGAAGAAAUGUCGCUGUCCAAACGUUGGCUGUGGAAACUCAGAUUUUCAGGAAUCUGACCUUGAAUUGGACUUUGUUAUGAAGAGAAAGAUUCAGAACCAGAAGAGACAGAAUGCGAAAACCUAAAGACGUGAUUAUGAUCGAUUCACAAUGUAAAAACUAUUUUUCAAAAGUUAAUUUUUAAAACUAGAGACUUUUGUUAAACAAAUUUAAACAUUAUUACAUGUUUUGGUUCACGUUAUAAGUAAAGCGUUAUGUUUUGCUGAAUGCUUGUACAUAUGACUAUUGUAUUUUGCAUCUUUUUUUAAAUAAACUUUCAACCAUUUUCUA